CUAGAGUAUAUUCCGUGAAGCGCGUACCUCAAAUCAGUUAAAUUCUUAGUUCCCAUUCAACCAUCCAUUUUUAAAUCCUGCUAUUUCUACGAAACUGUCUUAAUCACACCACUACAAAUAUCUCAACCUCCUCACCAAAUUCCAAUCAUCAUUGCCAGAUUUUCUACCCACACAACCGCAAAACCAAUCCAGAAAACUCCCCAUUUCCUCCGUCAAAAACCCACAAAAACAAUGAGGUGUUCAAACAGUCUUGUAGGAAUCCUUAAUUUCGUAACAUUUCUCCUUUCAAUCCCCAUCCUCGGCAGUGGAAUAUGGCUAGCACACAAAGCCACAACCGACUGCGAGAAAUACUUAGAAAAACCCAUCAUAAUUCUUGGAGUUUUCCUCAUGUUGGUUUCACUUGCCGGCUUAAUCGGCGCUUGUUGUCGUGUUAAUUGGCUUCUUUGGGUUUACCUUCUUGUUAUGUUUCUACUAAUCGCAAUCCUCUUUUGCUUUACUAUCUUUGCUUUUGUUGUUACGAAUAAAGGUGCAGGAGAAACUGUCAGUAAACGUGGGUAUAAAGAGUAUAAACUUGGGGAUUACUCUAAUUGGUUACAAAAAAGAGUAGAUAAUCCUAAGAAUUGGAGGCGUAUUCGUAGUUGUUUGGUUGAUGGUAAAAUUUGUCAGAAACUUGCUGCUACUAAUUCUCCUCAGACUGUAUUCUUUUCCAAGCAUUUGUCACCAAUUGAGUCUGGUUGCUGUAAACCCCCAACAAGCUGUGGAUUCACAUACGUAGGACCAACCAACUGGACCAAGGUCGGAACAUCAACCGAUCCUGACUGUACUUCCUGGGACAACAGCCCAAACAAACUGUGCUAUGAUUGCAGUUCAUGCAAAGCCGGGUUUUUACAGAACCUGAAGGGUGACUGGAAGAAGGUGGCAGUUAUCAACAUUGUUUUCCUCGUCUUCCUCAUCAUUGUCUACUCUAUUGGAUGCUGUGCUUUCCGCAACAACAGGUGGGACAAUGCUGAUCAGUGGAAGCCAUAUCGUUGAAGAAGAUGACUUCUAGAGGAUUCGUAUCAUACCUUAGCUUUCUAGUUUGUACAGAUCUCGAGUCUGUUUCAAGACUAUCGUCCUGCGUUUUGUGUAGUUUCACACAUUAGUUUGUACAUUGGACAUAUGGUUUAUAUGUUUGCCAUGCUGCUGUGUAUGUAAGUAUGUUCGAUCUCUGUCGUUAGUUUGACAGAGUUGACCUUCAGUAUUAUAUGCAACGUUUUUUAAGUUGAA